AAUAUUAAUAAAGUUGUGUAAUAAUAAUUUUUUAUACACAAAUAAAUUUUAAAAAUAUACAUAAAUAUUUUUAACUUGAAUUUGAAAUUUAUUACAAAUUAAAAAGAUUACAAUACAAGGACUAGUUUAGUCCUUAUAUUAAAUAUGAUGGCAUUCAUUUUAAGAAAAUACAAUAAAUUACAAUAUUUAUAAAUAGUGGUUUCAACUAAUAAAUAAUAUCUGUUAUUUUUAGUUGUUAAUAUGAACAAAACAAACAUUUCUUAAUCACAAAACAAUUGAAUUUCAACCACAAAUUUAAAUCAUGGUUUUUGUUGAAUACAUAACUCGUAAUGAAAAGAACAUAGAUAAUACAUUACAAUUGAAACAAAAAAAUGGGACUCGAUUUAUUGAGGGAAAUAAGACUGCUGCAAUAACGAUUCAACGACAUUACAGAGGUUAUUAUACAAGACUAUAUUUUUCAAAAUUAAAUGUUGCAGCUAAAAUUAUUCAAAAAUAUUGGAAGGGAUACAUUACUCGAAGGUAUUUCAAUGAUAUAGCAAUAAAAACGUUUGUAUUUAUGUCCAUUGAUUAUUAUAAUAAAGCAGCUACGAUUAUUCAAAAAUAUUUUAAGGGCUAUUAUAUCAGAAAACAUUAUUUGGAUGUAAAGAAAAAUACUAAGUGGAUCAAGGAGAUUCAAAAACAGAAUGAUGAUUGGUCUAAAGUCAUGAAUGAUUAUAAUCAAAAUAUUUGCUCCAAGUUUGAAAUAAUACACAAAGAAAGGGUAAAAUGUUUGAUAAUUGAUAUGGUGUAUAAACAUCAUCCAAUGUUACGGACCACAUUAAGAAAAGGAGUGUUCAGUGGAAAUGGAAACAGUGAUUCAGAAUUUGAAAAACUUGUUCGAUAUAUAUAUGCACAAAUAAAUAAGAAGAAACUUGAAAUAUAAAUAUAUAAUAGCAAAAUUUACCUCUUGAUCAGAAGGAAUCAUUCGUUGAAGAAUUUCAACAUUUUCUAAAGGUACUUGUUUUAAG